UACAAUAAAUACACACAAAGUUCUUCUUGUUUUGUGUAAAAUUAUUGUUGUAAAAAAAAAAGUGACAGUUAGUGAAUUUUAAUGUGUUUGUGAUUGAUUAUUACGCAAGCGUAUCAUCCCAUAUCUGUGUAUCUGCAGUGUUUAUUCAAUUUAUUUGUGGUUUUGCCAAAAGCCGGUAUUGCACACACCAGAGACGACAGAUAUCAAAAUGGGUAGUCGUGUGGUGAAUAGUGGAAACAUGCAUUGUUCUGGUUCGAAUGGACCAACUUUACCAGCUGAUAAAGCAUUAGCUGGUGUUCCACGAUUAUUAGAUGAUUUACAACGUUUAUCCGAAGAUACAGAUUUGGCUGAUAUUGUGUUUAUUUUGGGCCGGGAUGAAGAACGUGUUUUAGCUCAUCGUGUAAUUUUAAUGGCAAGAUGCAAAUCAUUUCAAACAGCAAAACGUAGUGAAGUAUGUCGAAUACCCGGUUGUACAGUAGUCCCAGCAGCCCCCGGGACUCCCACUCCAAUAAAAUUGCCGCAUGCACCGCCAGAUACAUUUCGACAGUUUUUAUUAUAUGUUUAUACGGGAAAGAUAUUACUUCAAGAUAGCAUGGUUUUCGAAAUGAUGGCACUAGCACAAGAAUUGGGUGUUGAGGAAUUACGAACUGCAUGUGAAGACCACGUAACAUCAACUCUAUCCGUUGGAUCUGCUUGCACAUUUUUGGCUGCAGCGUUAGAUAUUCAAGAAAGAGUACCAGGAGGAAAAGCAGCUGCCACCUUUGUAGAAAGAUGUGUCAGCUUUAUUGGAGAAAACGCAUUAGAGUGUGUGAAAACAAAUUCAUUCCUAACACUUUCCAAAGAAGCUGUUACCAAAUUAAUUUCAUCAGAUCACCUGUGUAUUGAAGAGGAAGAUGUUUGGCGUGCAGCAUUAGCAUGGGCUAAGUAUCAAGCUGGUGUAACACAACCCACAGCACAUUGGACAGAAGAAGAACGUGCGAGAGUUUGUCAACAUUUAGCUGGAAUUAUAAAUCACGUCCGAUUACUACUUAUUGAUAGUCAAGUUUUUGCUGAAGAAGUAGAGCCAACAGGUGCUGUACCAAUUGAAUUGUCUUUAGAAAGGUAUCGACAUGCGGCGUUACCUCUAAAAUAUCCUGAAGGUGGUGCUUCAAGUUCAGAUGAUGUACGACUACGGCCGAGAAUCGCCCCACAUUUAUUUCCGGGUUCAUUAAUAUUAUCUGGUGAUAAAGCGCAUUUCCAACGAUUGUUAAAUGCAUGGUAUGGACAUCCUCGUCAGAGUUGGCGAUUAGUGUAUCGUGCUUCCAGCCAUGGAUAUUCAGCAGCUGCUUUUCAUCGACAUUGUGAUGGAGUUGCUCCUACUUACGUAAUUUGUUUGGGAGGACGUGGAGACGUUUGUGGUGGUUUUUCAGAUGCUGCAUGGGGAAGACCGACAUCUGGCAAAAGUUAUUACACGGCUGCAGAAAAAGCGUUUCUAUUUACACUACAUAAUCAUCAAGAAUUACCACCCACUCAAUUUCAUUUAUAUAAAAAACCAUUCGCCAUUUGUUAUCACCCUGAUUCUGGGCCAAUUUUUGGAGCUGGUGCUGAUUUAUUAAUUUCAAGUAAUUGUAAUACAAAUAUGGAAAGUUAUUCAAAUCUACCACAUUCUUAUGAAGGUGAAGGUGCAUCACCAGCGGCUCUUAUGGGGGAUUACAAUUUUUCUGUAACCGACUAUGAAGUUUUUACACCAGUAGUCAUGACAAAAUCACUAAAAUCAGAAAGAUAUCAGUGAUUUCAAAAUUAUACUUGCCAGAGAUUUAGACAACAAAUUUUACUCAUUUAAA